UAUAUAAAGACAUCUCUGGUCUGUGCUCUGUCAAGUCUGUUCUCCUGCCUCUCAUUCAUAUUCCUGGUUUGAGUUUCCAGUUUGUACACGAUUCAACGCUCGCUUCACCUUACUCAAAUUCUCUCUGAUCUGUCUCUACUCCCCAGCUGUUCUAUUAAAGAAGAGUGAAUAUAUAAGUUUGGAUUACACAUGAGCUCUGAUCCUGUAAUUGUUAUGGAAAACCAAAUAAUACAACAUCAACCGUUGAUGAGGAUCACAAUGAGAUCAAGAUUUAAACGUGUAUGUGUCUUCUGUGGGAGUAGUCCUGGCAACAAACCUACUUACCAACUUGCUGCAAUUCAGCUUGGCAAUGAAUUGGUGGAGAGAAAUAUUGAUCUUGUUUAUGGAGGAGGAAGUAUUGGUCUCAUGGGUCUCGUCUCUCAAUCUGUUUAUGACGGAGGUCGUCAUGUUCUGGGGGUAAUUCCAAAAACGCUCAUGCCUAGAGAGAUAACUGGUGAAACAGUAGGAGAAGUGAGAACGGUUUCCGGUAUGCACCAACGGAAAGCAGAAAUGGCACGUCAUGCCGACGCUUUCAUUGCGUUGCCAGGUGGUUACGGAACGUUGGAAGAACUACUGGAGGUUAUCACUUGGGCUCAGUUAGGAAUUCACGAUAAACCUGUAGGGUUGCUGAACGUGGAUGGAUACUACAAUUCCUUACUAAGUUUUAUAGAUAAAGCCGUGGAUGAAGGCUUCAUAUCCCCUGCUGCAAGGCAUAUCAUUGUUUCAGCUCCUACUGCACACGAACUUGUGUCCAAGCUCGAGGAGUAUGAGCCGAAGCAUUGCGGCGUAGCUUCAAAAGUAAGCUGGGAAAUGGAGCAGCAAUAUUCAUCCAGUAACUGUAAAUCAGACAUUGCUCGGUAGAUGAUUAAACGGUUCGUUUACAGAUAAAAAAAAAAGGCUGUAAAUGCUUACUAUUUAUCUUCUUCUGAUCAUAGAUACAAAUCCCAUACAUCUGAUUAAUAUCAACAUUCAUACAAAAUUACACACUCUGCACAGUGCUCCUUUUAGUUCACUGUGGGGGUCAAUUUGGUGAAUUUUCAUUUUUCUUUUUUCGUUGUUUUGAAGAUUAGAAUUAACCUUCAGAACAUUAGGCUAGCAAGAUCAGUUGUUUUUUCAAUUUUCUUUCAUAAUUAGUAUUUAUUAAUGAACGGAUUUUGUUGUAAAGUAGUAAAUGUUCAAUAAAUAAGAUUUUGUUGGACUUACAUGUAA